GCUCCUUCUCCGGAUGAACCGAUUAUAAUCGUCGGUGGAGGUCUCGCGGGGCUAUCAGCAGCUCUAGAGGCACUCAGUCGCAAUGCAAAGGUGAUAAUCAUCGACGGCGAGAAGCAUCUCGGAGGAAAUUCAGCAAAAGCCAGCAGUGGUAUGAGCGCUGCUGAAACCUCUACACAGAAAGACAUGGGUAUUGAAGAUUCGCGAGCCCUAUUCUACAAGGAUACUAUGGCUGCUGGUGAUCGUGAGAAUGACGAGGGACUAGUUGAUAUAUUGGUGGAUCAAUCAGCGGAUGCUGUCGAGUUUCUGAAAGAACUCGGUGUUAACCUCAGCGACAUAAAUCUAUGUGGAGGUCAUUCUACUCCGAGAACUCAUUGGCUUCCAUCACCAAAGGAGGGUCGUCCCACUCCGGUAGGAUUGGGCAUCAUAAUGGCUGCUAAGCAGCGCAUAUCGGACAUUGCAAAAGCCAGGCCUGAUGACGUCACAAUCCACACAGACACUCGCGUGGUAGGACUCACUUCAUGGAAUGCUUAUGUCAAUGGAGUGAAUGUGAUACAGGAUGGGAAAAGAAAAGAAAUCAAUGGAAAGGCGGUGAUUCUUGCAACUGGUGGAUUCAGCGCUGACAGGAACGAGGACGCUAGUCUGCUGCAUGAAUUUGCCAGUGAUAAGGAGUCACAGUUUCAAAUCAGUUUUAGCUACGUUUUCCAACCACUAAUGGUGCGUUUGCUCGUGGUGAUGGAGGUGAAAAUGGCACGUGCUAUGGGUGCUCAGGUAGUUGGUAUGGAUCGUGUUCAAAUACAUCCAACUGCAUUUGUCGACCCGGCUGAUCCUUCAGCUGGUACGAAAUUCCUUGCCGCUGAAGCGCUUCGUGGCAAAGGUGCUAUCCUUAUAAACUCGGAGGGUGUCCGAUUUGCCAAUGAACUUGGUAGACGAGACUAUUUGACCGACAGGAUUCUAAAGGACUGCAAACCUAUUGAAAAGUUCCAGGGAGGGUCAGCUGGUCUGUCAGCAGCAAUUAUGUUGAUGAACGAUGAGGCGGCAGAUUCAUUCGGAAGACCGGCGUUCAAUUUCUAUGCAAGCUUCAAGAAAUUCUUCACGAAGUAUAAUUCGGCGAAAGAGCUUGCUGAUGCUCUAGGAAUUCAACCGAAUGUUUUGGAGCAGACAUUGACAGACUACAACAAAUAUGUAAAGUCGAGUACAAGUGGCACCAAGGAUUCCUUUGGCAAAGCUGUGUUCCCUGUGGCAAUAGAACCGGAUCAGCCUAUCUACGCUGCCAUUAUCACUCCUGCAAUCCACUACACUAUGGGAGGAUUGAAAAUCGAUAAGCAAGUGAGAAAAUUAUUCCUUCAAAAACAAGUUUCCGAAAAUCUUAUGGUUCAUUAUCAGGCUCGCGUGCAGAACGAGUUCAUGAACCAACCAUUCAAGGGUCUUCUGGCUGCUGGUGAGGUUACAGGAGGCGUCCAUGGUGCCAAUCGACUGGCAGGAAAUUCAUUACUCGAAUGCGUGGUAUUUGGGAGGAUUGCUGGUAGAACAGCUGCGGGCACAAAUUACAGCCAUGAAGAGCUUUGA